AUGAAUAUUUUUAUGAGGCACCUUGCACCAGAGAUGGGCCAGGACCAAACCAAGCAGCAGAUAGAGAAGGGUCUAAAGUUGUAUCAGUCCAAUCAGACAGACAAAGCUCUGCAUGUGUGGACAAAAGUGUUGGAAAAGACCUCAGAUCCCGGAGGAAAGUUUCGAGUGCUGGGGUGCCUGAUCACAGCUCACUCAGAAAUGGGAAAGUACAAAGACAUGCUAAAGUAUGCCCUUGAACAAAUUGACACAGCCAGAGAAAUGGAGGACCCAGACUACCUGACGGAGGGCUACCUGAACUUGGCACGCAGCAACGAGAAGCUGUGCGACUUCCAGAAAACAGUCUCAUACUGUAAGACCUGCUUAAACAUGCAGGGUACCACUGUCAGCCUGCAACUCAAUGGCCAGGUAUGUCUUAGCAUGGGCAAUGCCUUCCUGGGUCUCAGUGUCUUCCAGAAGGCCCUGGAGAGCUACGAGAAAGCCCUGCGCUAUGCACACAACAACGACGACAAGAUGCUGGAGUGCAGAGUCUGCUGCAGUCUGGGAAAUAUCUACGUCCAGCUUAAGGACUUUGAGAAAGCCCUGUUCUUCCCCUGCAAAGCGGCCGAACUUGUCAAUGACUACGGCAAAGGCUGGAGCCUCAAGUAUCGAGCCAUGAGCCAGUACCACAUGUCUGUAGCCUACAGGAAACUGGAGCGCCUGCCAGAUGCCAUGGAGUGCUGUGAGGAGUCCAUGAAGAUUGCCCUGCAGCAUGGUGACCGGCCUCUUCAGGCACUGUGCUUGCUAAACUUUGCAGACAUUCAUCGCUGCAGACAUGAUGUUGAUAAAGCAUUCCCUCGUUAUGAGUCUGCGCUGGGUAUUAUGACUGAGAUAGGAAACCGUCUUGGGCAAGCACACGUCCAUCUGGGAGUCGCAAAGUGCUGGCUUCUGCAGAAAGAAUUUGACAAGGCUCUUGAUUCUUUGCAGCGAGCACAGGAAUUGGCGGAUGGAAUGGGAAACAAGCUGUGCACACUGAAGGUUCACUGCUUGAGUGAAGGGAUUUAUCGGAGCAGGGGGCAGCUGAACGAGGUCAGAGAGCAGGUGGUGAAGUUCCUCCAGUGUGUCGAGGAGCUGGAGCUCUACUGCGGCAUGUGUGGAGAGUCCAUCGGGGACAGGGACCAAAAGCUGCAGGCCUUACCCUGUUCCCACAUUUUCCAUCUCAAGUGUCUGCAGACAAAUGGGACAAAAGGAUGUCCUAAAUGCUUCAAGUCCUCCAUGAAGCCGGGAUUUGUGUGA